CGAGCUCUGGCUCAUGGCCGCGGCCCCCUCCGCCCCUGCGCACGCGCACGCAGGGGGCGGCGGGCACGCUGGUGCCACCACCUCCUCUUCGGCUGCUCGACCACGGAGGAGGAGAAGCCUGGCAUUAGGGCAUGGGCUUCGGGCUGCAAUGGAUCAUCAACAAGAUAACGUUCCCGUCGCCGCCGUCGUCCUACUCGCUCACGUCGCACCCGGAGCUGUUUUUCGUCAAGGGACCGACUACGCGGCCAGGGCAUCCUGGGGUGCCCUGCAUGCUCUACGCCAUUCCCCAGGGGGCGCCCGUUCUUCUUGUACACGCCCACAGCAAUGGCUGUGACAUCGGGGACAUGCGGCAGACGCUGCAGGGCAUCUCCGAGUCUCUCCGAGUGCACGUCAUGUCCUUCGAGUUUCCGGGGUACGGGCUGCACGUGGGCGCGGCCAGCCAGAGGGCCAUCGACGACGCAGCGGAUGCCAUCCUGAACUUCAUAGUCCGAGAUCUGCAGAUCGACAUCGCGCAGGUCGUCUGGUACGGGAGGUCCAUUGGCUCGGGCCCCACCGUGGCCAUCUGCCACAGGAUCACGAAGGACCUUGGGCGGAACCCAGGCGGGUGCAUCCUCCAGUGUGGUUAUGCCAACUUCCCAGAGGCGCAGCGCAGCGCUGCAGGGAUGGAGGUCGUUGCUUGCAUAGGGAGGCGGAUUGCUCGAAGGCAUCUUCGUCGCUGAAUGCUCGUUGCGCGGUGGACCUAAAUGGGUUUGCUUGGUGGCUUGGGUCCGUCUGCGAAGUUACUACCUCACCGCCUCCUUCCCAGCCUCGGGCUGUCGACGGUGCUGAUGGGUCUUAGGUGUCGGCGGACGAUGCCGCUGUUUCGUGUACCAGCU